ACGAAAAUAUACGAAAAUAAUCCUAAAGCAAAAGAGAAGAAAAAAAAGAGCGUAUAUAUUUAUUUUGAGAAUAUGACGCACAUGCGUGGAAAAUUCGGAGAAGAAUUUUUUUUCUUAUUGAUCGUGAUCGAGUCGAAAAUCCAUCAUGUGUCCUUCGAUCGUCGAUCGAAUCGCUGUGAGAUAUUCGAGAGCAUUGACUCGCUUCCGUCGCGUCCGCGAUAACCACAAUAUUAUUCAAGAUAGUCGCGACUUCGAGGAAUUUUUCGAGUUUCUUCGCUAGUAUUUUUUGCCGUUAUUUCCAGUUUUCUCUCAUCACCGUUUCUACCUUCCGAUUUACAGAAUAUACAUAGGAAAUCAUGAUAUAAACGAAAAGAAAGUGAGAAGUGGACAAUUAAUAACAUAUUUAUAUUUUAAGCUUUAAUUCACGCUCUCGCAAUACAUCGUUGAAUUCGCCUCAACGGCGGUAACUAAUACAUAAAUAAAAAACUGUAACGAUCGAUUUAAAAUUAACAAUUUAAAGUAAUUUAAGUUUCUCGAGAAAAUUAUAUACAAAUAAAAUAUCCAAGAUUCAUCUUUUUUAAUAGAGGAUGUAUAACGCAAAAUACGUAGAAGCUUAACAAAAAUAUAAAUGCGUUGUUAAUUGUCUGUUAAUUGUUAGUUUGUUAAUUUUCCAUUUCUCUCAAAAACGAAGAAGCUAAACGGUAACAUUUUUCGAUUUAUUCUUAAACCUGUUCUUCGAUUAAUCUUCUUUCCGAUCAUCUCUUUUCCGGUUGUACAGCCUCGAGGUGCACGUUAAUAUAGAAAAAAAGAAAUAAAGAUAAAAAUUUUAUCAGUGCCAUGCCCGAAAUGAGGUUAAAGAUCGUAUCAUGUACAUACGCAUGAUUCAUGAAUAUUCUGUUCUGUCAAACCUUCACGACUGAUGAGACAGUAAUGCGUAUUUUCUCAACUGCACUGAAAUUUGUAGUAACUUCCAAUCACGGGAUUUUGCAUUGCGAAUUUUGAUUAUAAAAAUGGAGAAGUCACAUAGAGACAUCCUCAUUCGUUUGAGGGAGAACAUAAUUGAUGAUUUAGAUAUAGAUAAUGACAUCAUACAGCCUCUAAGAAAUGAAUAUAUCUUACGACAAGAGGAUGUAAAACAAAUUUAUUCUGGAGCCACUAAAGAAGCGAGAGCAGGCUGGUUAUUAGAUAUACUACCAAGAUGUGGCCCACGUGCUUUUGAUGUCUUUCAUCAAUCCUUAAAACAUCACUACGAAUGGCUUAGCGAUGAAAUAGAUAAAUUGUUAGGCAAUUAUGAGAUAGAAACCAAUGGAGAGAUAGAUUAUUAUGCUGGACCUCCUAACAUUCCACCCCUUUCUCCAUUGACAGUUACCCGAGAAGAGAAGGUUGAGCAGUUAAAGAUAGCUUUACAGCAGUUAAUUCCCACAGCAUACAUUGCGUUACAUGGCAUGAAAGGAUUUGGAAAAUCAUGUCUGGUUGCCAGUGCUCUCAAGGAUGCAAAAUUAGUGAAAGAUUUAUUUUCCAAUCAAGUCUACUGGAUAAAAUUUACAUGUGAUCGUUUAAUCGAUGAAGAAAUAUUAAUUCAAUUAAACUCACUCUAUCAUAACGUGAGAAAUUUAGAAAUCCAACCAGAACUAUUUACUCCACUGGAGAAAGAUUCUUUGAUCCAUUAUUUGAAACAUUAUUUUAAUAAACAAGAAAAUUGCAACGCUUUAUUGAUCUUAGAUGAUGUUUAUGAUAAAAAGAUUAUUACCACUUUUGAUUUCAAAUGUAAAACUCUAGUUCUCACUGCCGACAUUGAUGUUCUACAAAAGAAAAGACCUAAGAUAAUAAAGAUGAACGACGGAUUUACAGAAGCAGAGACAUUAGGCUUAUUUGCCAAAGUAUUGGAAAUGGAUGUGAACGAAUUGCCUAUAGAAGCAAAAAAAAUUCAUGAAGAAUGUAAAGGAAUGCCAUUACUCAUAGCUAUGUUUGCUGCACAAUUUGAAGAAUUUAAACACCACAUGAAAGAACAUCCUGAUAGAUGGAGAUAUUACUUGAGUUCAUUAAGGAAAAAAGAUGCAACAAACAAAGUAAUGAGAGAAUUUCUACAAAAACAAGAAACUAUUUUUGAUAUAUGUAUUGAGCAAUUAAAACCAGAUUUGAAAAAACGUUACGAGAGCUUAGCUAUUUUUUGCGAAGAUGUUAACAUAACUCCGAAGACUCUAGAAAUUUUUUGGGAACAAGACAUAUUCCAAGUUGAAGAACUAAUGUUGGAUUUGUGCCAUAAAUCACUUGCAGCCAAAAAGUGGAAUAAUGAUUUAAAAACCUAUAUUUAUGGCGUGCAUGAUUUACUGCUAUACCAUCUCAGAAAGAAACAAACUCCUGACGAAUUGACACAGAUGCAUAAAUCUAUUAUUGAAAAAUACCGCACAUAUUGCAAUAAUGAUUUUUCAAAAUUGCCGGAUGACAAUUAUAUUUACUCGUAUAUUGGCUACCAUUUGGAGCAAGCAAAAUUGUUUGAAGAAUUUCAGCCCCUUUACUUAAAUUUUGAUUUUAUUCAAGCUAAAUUAAUAUGUGCGGGUUUGAAUGAUCUAUUGCUAGAUCUGAGAAAGUAUAGAAAAUACAUUACGUCAUCCGACAAGCAAGAAGACUAUGUAGAAAAGGUCUCUGAUAUAGAAAGAUUUCUUCAAGAGCAAGCAAGUGUUAUAGUAGAACAUAAACGUAAAAAAUGCUUGGAUAUCAUUCAAAUCGCGAUGGAUCAUCCAUAUGAAGGUUACGUCGCUCAAACUGCAAAAAAUCUAGCUAUGACAAGACAAAAUUACUUGUACUUAUCUCACAAGAAAAGUCCCCAAUAUGCUAAUAUGUCGACGACUGAAGAAAUAUCAACGGGCAUUUGCACAUCAUCUUUCACAGACGAUCCUGAAUUAAUUUUGACGGGAAAUACAUCGGGUAAAAUAAUUCUGUGGAAUUCUGAAAGCAAGCAACAAAAAGUUUUUAACGGUCAUAAAGAGGGCUAUUCUAUUAAAAAAGUUAUUGUGUCGACGGCUGGUGAUUGUUUCUUAUCGUUAAGCAGUGCUGGUAUAAUAAAGUUAUUCUCUCUGUCGAAUGACAACAAUGAAAUAUUUGAUCAGCAUUACACGCACGUUGAUAGCCCACGACAAAAACAAAGUUCCUGGUCUGGCUUUUUUACAAAUGCGAAUGAUCAGGAUGAUAGCUUAACAGAAUUCUCGGUGGAAAAUGAGAUUAUACUGGAUAUGGCAUUUGGUCACGAGGAUAAAUACAUCGCUGCAUGCACUGACAAAGCAACGAUUCGGAUAUGGGACCGAUAUGGAAAAGUAGUGUUUACUUUAAGAGAUUCAAAAUAUCAGUACAUACCGAAAAUAGCUUUUACGGCGCAGGGUUCCUUAUUACAUAUAAUGGAUGAGCUAAAGGGUGUUUUUGUUCUCUAUUCAAGCUACGGGAAUGACUAUACUACUUAUCGAUAUCUUGCCUGUUAUAAUCUGCGGUUGAAAUCUGCAGCUGAAGAAGUUAUCUUCUUUCAUCAUAUACCCAACCGUGACAAUUCCUUGAUGGUUGUCACCAAAAAAGAAGCUAUGUACGUAAAAUGGUGGGGUGAGGAUUGCGUGCAUAGCUUUGACAAACAGACGAGAGGGUUUGUCGAUAAUGAUACAGUAACUUAUGUAAGCGCAACUAUUACAUAUGAUGGGGAAUACAUAAUACUGGCUGACUCUGCGGGUUUUAUAAAUGUAUGGAAUACCUAUUCUGGAUAUCAACCGAUCGCGACUUACAAAAGUCGCGUUAUAUCUUUGGAUUCUUACUGGUUAAAAGACGAAGGCUAUCAUAUUAUAUGUGGGAACGGGAAUAGAGUGUUAUACAAGUGGAAAUUUCCGGUACAAGAAUCAGAUGAAUUACCGAGGAAGUGCUUAUUUGACGCAGUUGUCGAAUCUUAUGACAACAAGGACAUUGUAGUCAAAGAGAGCCCUUCGAAGAAAAUUAUAGUGUCACGUGGAAAAGAUAUAAUACAGGAAUCUGCAUAUAUAGAAGGCAGAAUAUCAAGCCUGCAAUUGUCUACCGAUGGAGAACAGGCACUGUAUGUUACAGACAAUUGCAUUCAAUUAUUAAAUACAACAACUGGAAUAACUAUGCUGGUCGCAACGUUAGAAAGGCCAAUCCAGUUCGUGAAAAUUAUUAACCUGAGUUGCUGUAAUACGGUAUUAUGCAAAGAGGAGGAGUAUGCAUUGAAGGUAUGGCGACAUUGUGGACCGAUAUUUGGAAUUGAUACUAAAGCAGAACCUAUCAACGACAUUCACAAAAUAAACGACGACUAUGUUAUAACAGUAACGAAGAAAGGCAUAAUAACGAUAUGGUAUAUUGAUAUACCUUGGCAAUUAAAGAGCCAAAUAGAUUUGUCUUAUCCAUCUUCAUGUAUUUCAUUCAGCUGUUUAAGUUACAAUCAAAAUUACUUGGCGAUUUUGAAUGAAUCGCGUCAUUUAACAUUAUUAUGUAUUAUCCACGAAUACAUGACAGCACGGUUGAUGUAUGUACACAUUAAAGAACAGCCCUGUUUUAAGUAUAGUUUCGCACAGAACGUGACUUGUUGUGAUAUUUCAAAAAAUGAACAAUAUGUCGCUGUUGGCUUUGAAUCAGGAAAAAUUUCUAUUAUCGAUAUACAAAAGCCGACGGAGAUUUAUUGUCAAUUAUCUUUUCACACUAAUCCCAUUACACAAUUGUAUUGGGCUCCAGCUGGCAUAAAGGUUCCGAUUUUAUUAUCAUUGACAAACGAUGAAUUAGUUUGGUGGAACGUUGAUCAAGCAAAGAACAACAUGAGAAGAAGCCAAAUGAAUGUGAAAAGAAGUCGGAUGGGCAUCAGGCACAGUGCAAGCACUCCCUCAUUCAAUACGAAUGCAUUUUUGAAUUCACAAAUAUCUAACAGCCGAAGCAUAAAUACUGGUGUAUCUAAUCUACAAGACGAUGCGACAUCGAGUGCAGCUGGUACGAGUAACAUUGACGAGUACUAUAGUACGAGGAGAAUGGAAUAUUGGAUGACCAAAAUAGGCAGAGAUCCUAAAAUGCCAGAAUUACUAUCGAUUGUCGAAUUACCACCAAGCCGAGAUGCUAAAGUAUGUAUCUCUCCAGAUUUCAGUAAAUUUGUUAUGGUUGACAUGUACGGAUCUGUUAAUACAUUUAAACUGAUUGAUCAUAAUCAGUCUAUCUCAGAUACAGAUUGAUUAUAAAAUUAAUUUAAAUUGCCAUAUUGCAAUGCAAUGUGGCAAUUUAGCGUGAUCAUGUUGUUAUAGAAAAUUGAAAAAAAAAAUUAUGUAUUGAUGCUGUACUGUUUGUCCAUAACAUAAAAAUCUUCGUUUCUAUCGGCAGAAAAUUUUAUAGGUUUGAUAUAAAAUGGUACGAUGAUGCAAUUACACGAAUUCCAUUAAAAUACACGUAUCAAUGUGUCAUUUUAAUGAAGUGUAUAUAUUAGGAGACAUGUUUUAUAUAGUUAUUGUCACAUGUGAUCAAACUAAUGUUGAUAAAAAGUACCUAUACAUCUAUUUAUAGCAAUGUCUUUUACUGCCACUUGCAUUUAACAAGAGGUUAACUCCAAUGCUUACGUAAAGCUGAUUUUUAAAUACAUUUCUCUGACAAUUUUUAAAGUAACAUUUUUUACUACAUAUAUAUAUAGACGAACAACAGUAUAUAGCUACAAUAUAUUAUAAAAAAUAGCAGGAUCGUAUACAUAUGUAAUCUGUCGUGCAAGAUUGUACGAGCGAUUAUUCAUAUUAUAAUCUUGAAUUUUUUAUUGCCUCAAAGCUUUUCAUCUCGUUUGAAAGAUCAUUAAGUAUAGUCUCUCCACACAUGCUAUUAUUUAAUAUAAAGUUUAUUAUAAAGUAACACAUGACUGUAUGUAAAACCGUUACUGUUCCUCUACUGAAAGCACUACUGAAGAUACAGAAAAACCAGGCAAUAAUUGAUAACAAUGUAGACUGGCUUGAAGCGCUCAUACAUUCUUGUAUCACAGACUGUAUUUGUGCCAUUCAUAAAUCCUACAUAAAUAUUUUAAGCUGCCAAAAAUGUACAUACGUUACAGAUACAUUUCUAUGCUCUUGUAUAAUUGAACAUUUAUAAGCUAUAGCAUUUUUAGCUUUUCUAUUGAACGCGUUUAUAUCUCGGAAAAUGUUAAUCAAGUUUAAUCAAAUAUUGUGAUUACUAAUACAUUUUUCGAAAUUGGAACGAUUUUAUACAUAUAUUAUUUA